CUCCUGGCGGCGCUGGCCCUGCUGGCGGCCCCAGCGCGGGCCGAGGAGGAGGUGAAGAUAGAGGUGCUGCACCUCCCCGACGGCUGCAGCCCCAAGAGCAAGAAGGGGGACCUGCUGAACGCGCAUUACGACGGCUUCCUGGCCAGCAAUGGCUCCAAGUUCUACUGCAGUCGGACGCAAAAUGAUGGUCAUCCAAAAUGGUUCGUUCUGGGUGUUGGACAAGUCAUAAAGGGGUUGGAUAUUGCUAUGAUGAAUAUGUGUCCUGGAGAAAAACGGAAAGUGGUCAUCCCUCCAUCAUUAGCAUAUGGACAGCAAGGAUACGCACAGGGCAAGAUUCCACCAAAUGCAACACUCAUCUUUGAGAUUGAACUUUACGCAGUAAAUAAGGGACCUCGCAGUGUUGAAGCAUUUCAUCAAAUAGACAAGGACAGUGACAAGAAGCUCUCUGAACUCGAGAUAAGCCAAUAUUUGAAAGAAGAAUUUGCAAGAGAUGGAAAAAAACGUCAUCCCUCAGUCCAUGAUGAAAUUUUAGCUGAUAUAUUUAAGAAGAAUGAUCAUGAUGGAGAUGGCUUCAUAUCAGCUAAGGAGUACAAUGUCUACCAGCAUGAUGAACUCUAAUUGCCUGUAAAAUCUUUGGCUGUUUUACAGACAAAAAAUUUUUAAAAAUCCAAAGUAAUACUUUGUUACAGAAUAU